AUGAUGGCCAGCUACCCCGAGCCCGAGAACGCCGCGGGGGCCCUGCUGGCGCCGGAGACCGGCCGCGCAGCCAAGGAGCCGGAGGCACCGCCGCCGCCGAGCCCCGGCAAGGGAGGAGGCGGCGGCGGCGCCGGGACAGCCCCGGAGAAGCCCGACCCCGCUCAGAAGCCCCCGUACUCGUACGUGGCGCUCAUCGCCAUGGCGAUCCGCGAGAGCGCGGAGAAGAGGCUCACUCUGUCCGGCAUCUACCAGUACAUUAUCGCCAAGUUCCCGUUCUACGAGAAGAACAAGAAGGGCUGGCAGAAUAGCAUCCGCCACAAUCUCAGCCUCAACGAGUGCUUCAUCAAGGUGCCGCGCGAGGGCGGCGGCGAGCGCAAGGGCAACUACUGGACGCUGGACCCGGCCUGCGAGGACAUGUUCGAGAAGGGCAACUACCGGCGCCGCCGCCGCAUGAAGCGGCCCUUCCGGCCGCCGCCCGCGCACUUCCAGCCCGGCAAGGGGCUCUUCGGGGCCGGAGGCGCCGCGGGCGGCUGCGGCGUAGCGGGCGCGGGGGCCGACGGCUAUGGCUACCUGGCGCCCCCCAAGUACCUGCAGUCCGGCUUCCUCAACAACUCCUGGCCGCUACCGCAGCCGCCCUCACCCAUGCCCUACGCCUCCUGCCAGAUGGCGGCGGCCGCGGCUGCCGCGCAAUCCUUGGCUGGAAGCGCCGGUCCGGGCGGGCAACGAGACCCGCGCCGCCCGAGAAAGGGACGAACGUGUGUUUGCUCCACGUAG